AUGCGCUUUCAGGAGCAGCUGGAGGAGUACACGAGCAGCCAUGACCUGGCGGAGGGCUGGCUCCUGGCGCAGAGGUUUGGAGAGGGAGGAGAUAAGUUGGUCCCGGUUAACUCGGUGGAGAAGAUCCAGUGGCAGCACCAAACGCUCGGGGUUGAUUAUAAACCCAUGGUCAGCUGGGAACAAGUGGUGGAUCUGACCUACUCCAUGCGCCUGGGAGAGAAGCCCAGACUUGCAGAGCAGGAUGAGGCCGCAGUGCAGAAGUUUCGGUCUGUGCCCCCGGGCUGGAGCUACGAGCACGACAUGGAGCUGGGGCGCUUCCUGUAUGAUCACAGCAAGAGGGAGCUGCAGCACCAGGACUGCACCAAGGAGCACAUCAGCAGCAUCGAGGUCUCCUCACAGGCAGAGGACUGUGGCGUGGCCCAUCUGACUGACAACCAGACAUACACCUCCUGGGAGAGCAACGGGCCCCCAGGACAGCACUGGGUGCGGCUCAACAUGAAGAAAGGCACCAUUGUCAAGAAGCUGUGGCUGAUGCUGGAUGGGCAGGUCAGCUCCUAUAUACCCAAGAGGGUUGCUGUGUAUGGGGGGGCACUGAACAGGCUGCAGCACCUGAGAACCAUCCUAAUUAAUGAGAACACCUUCCAGGAUGUCUGCAUCCUCUGUGACAUGACGACUCACUUGCCGGUGCUGGAGAUCCGCAUCCUGGAGUGCCGGGACCAAGGGUACAAUGUCCGCUUGCGAGGGAUUAAGAUCACAUCCUUCUGGGAAUGGGACCUGAUCCUCAAUGCUGAUAUGUUCCAGCCAGCCCGGCUGGUGCGCUACCCUCUCCUGGAAGGGGUGGACGCCGAUGUGCUGUACCGGCGGGCCGUGAUCAUUCAGAGGUUUGUCCAGCUCCUGGACAGUGUCCUGUGUUACCUGAUCCCCUUCUCCGAGGACAGCAUCGGCACCUUCAAUGCACUCAGGAGCAUGAAGCCGUUCCUGCUGCUGUCCAAGCAGAGCACAGCCCUCAUCACCCACUGUCUCCAGUCCUCGGAGACCACCCCACCUCACACCCCACCAAAGGUGUACAUCAACCGGUACCUGGCUGGGGAGCACCGUGCCAACCCUGCGCUGGACCCCAGCUGCAGGAACGCCAUCUUCACCCAGCUGUACGAAAGCCUCAGAUCUUCCAAGAACAAUUGGCCCCUGGACUACAGGUGGCCCCCGAAAUACAGCCAGUGGUGGAAGUGCGACUUCAUCGCUGAGGGCGUCAUUGACAAUGGCGGUGGUUUUCGGGACAGCCUGUCAGAUGUGUCAGAGGAGCUGUGUCCCAGCUCAGCGGACGUCCCUGUGCCCCUACCCUUCUUCGUGCGCACCUCCAACCAGGGUAACAGCAGCAGUGACACCAGGGACAUGUACGUCCCCAAUCCCUCCUGCAAGGACUUCCCCAAGUACAAGUGGAUCGGGCAGCUGAUGGGUGCAGCCCUGAGGGGCGAGGAGUUUCUGGUCCUGGCUCUGCCGGCACUGGUGUGGAAGCAGCUGGCAGGGGAGGAGGUCACCUGGAGCAAGGACUUUGCCUCUGUGGACUUGGAGCUGGUGAAGCUGCUGGAGGUGCUGGAGGGGGUGGACAGGGAAGCCUUCGAGUUCAUGUUCGGCAGAGAGCUGACCUACACAACGGUGCUGAGUGACCAGCGCGUGGUGGAGCUGAUCCCCAAUGGCAGCAGCACUGUGGUGCGCUAUGAGGAUCGCAAGGAGUUCAUCCGCCUGGUGCAGAAGGCUCGACUGGAGGAGAGCAAGGAGCAGAUCGCAGCCAUGCGUGCCGGGCUGCUCCGCGUGGUGCCUCAGCCUGUGUUGGACCUGCUCACCUGGCAGCAGCUGGAGAAGAAGAUCUGCGGGGACCCCAAGAUCACAGUGGCCGAACUGCAGAGGUUCAUCACAUUUGAGAACUUUCCCUCUGACGACACUCGUAUCCGGAACUUCUUGCAGGCACUCAACAACUUCACCAGUGAGGAUCUCAGCCGCUUCCUCAAGUUUGUCACUGGCCGGAGCCGCCUCCCGGUUCAGAUCACUGUCUACCCAGAAGGGGAGAACUUGAACACGCUGGACGUGAUGCCCCAGGCUUCCACAUGCUCCUGCACCUUCUACUUGCCCAACUAUUCCUCGGCCAAGGCCUGCGAGGAGCUGCUGCGGUACGCCGUGUACAACUGCAUGUCCAUCGACACUGACAGGAACCCCUGGGAUGAAUGA